AUGAAAAUUAAAAAAUAGAAAGCUUCAAGAACAAAAUAUAAAAGUAUAUCCUCGUCUGAGAGAGCUUUGAUAAUACAUUAUAUUGAGUAAUACAAGUAUUCCACUACACAUGUUUCUAUGAUCACAGGGCACAAUGCCUCGACAAUAAAAGCUAUUUAUUCAGUUUAUAAAAAACAAGGUAGAAUAAAUAAGAAAGCAAAAAGGGACAAGAUUUUGAAUUUAACCUUUCGGUUUAUUUUGUUUGUAGCCGAUGAUAUGUAUAUUUUUUAAUAAUGCAGCUAAGGAAGCUUGACGAAAUUAAGUGUGGAUUCACAAGAAUCUUAGCAUUUAUUGGUGGAGGAAGGACAAGACAUUAAAUAAACUAGUCAUGAAUAAGCAAUAAAAAAAUUGUUACAAAUUAACAAGCCCAAAAUAAUUGACCUUUUGGAUAAUUGUAUGGCCAUAGAUACUUUUGAAAAACAAUUAAAACUCAUGUAAUAGCAAGAAUUUCCCAGCCGAUAGUUUUCUUCCUUAAAACUUUCACCAGAUUCUUCUAAGUGGGAAUAUGGCAAUUUCGCAAUGAGGAACAAUUUCAAUUAGUAUUCAGGCCUUUUUUCUAAGAAAUAAGAGGAUAAGGGAGAAGAAGAGGAAAGUAAGUCAAUCAUAAUGAGAAAAUUAUAAGAACAAUAUCGAUUAAUGAAGAUGUGA